GUGAAGCGCGGUUGCUUCAAUGCGCUUCGCCCCGCCCGGCCAUGUGCCGCUCGAUGCGGCGGCGCUUCGCCCUGGUUGCAUUGCUUUGGUCCCUGACCUCGCCGCCGAAAGGUGGCGGGCGCCUGUUUCUGCCUUCAUUCGGCGCGGAGAUCGUUCAGACCUUCUUCGAGGAGGCGGAGACCAUCCGCCGGGUAGGCAAGCGGGCGAUGCGGUUUCAGCUGAUUGAUGCGGUGGACCGGCUGCCGAUCCUGGCGGAGAUUGCCAAGCAGGCCGUGGUUCAGGAGCGCACCAGCCGCUGCGCCAUCAUCGUGGCGUCUCUUUGCGAGGCCCAGCAGCUGGUGGAGAACCUUCAUGCGGCGAGACUCCGCGCGUGUUUAUUGUGUGGGAAAAGCUGCAAGGUGGACCUCACAGCCUCAGUGGUGGUCUGCAACUACCAAGCCGCCGCUUUGCUGCGAGGCCAGCGCUUCCGCAUUAAGCUGGUCGAUUGGCGCGGGGUCGCAGUUGCCUCCCGCACCUUUGGAAAAGGAGGAGCACAGGACUUCAGGAAAGAGUCCUCCGCCAGCAUGGAAGCAGAGUUCGCUUCCUGUUUCGAAGACGACGUGGACUACAAGUACUCGCUCGCGCGUGCUGCUGCGGAUGGACUUGUACGUGGCCUCCGAUGCUUUUUGAUGCCGUUUUGGCCCCCCAGCGAGUUGCAUGCACGGCUGGCAGCUGCGGUUCAGCAGAGGGAAGCCGACUGGGCCCCCAUGCUGAUCUCCACAAAGACGAGAGACGAGGCAGAGUCCUUAGCCCAGUGCCUCUGCACCUUGGGCGUGCGUGCCGGAGUUGAGCGCCAGCAUGACGUGAAGGACUUGGCGCAGGGUCGGCUGACCGUGCUUUGCGUGACUCCAUCUUUCUCCCUGGACUUUGCCGUUCAAUGCAUCUUGUGCGUGAGCAGUCAAGAUCCUCCGAAAGUGGUGCUUGACGCGAUGCAAGUCCCCGGCGGGACGGUGGAGUUUGUUCAGGCCUUUUCCUCGAGAGGUAUGAUGCGUACGUUUGAAACACACGCCGCCAUGAUGGCGGAGUUGUGUGGAGUUUCGGAGAGCGACGAGUCUUCCUUGCCUUUGCUGCUUGGGGAGGAUGGGAAAGCUGCACGAUGCACAAGGGAGAGGUGUCAGCAAUUGCUGGAGAAGCAGGGCUGGAGCCAAUCCCGUGAGCGCGAUGCUUCCGAAAGAAGCAACUCCCGGUGGCUGGAAGAGCUGCUGGCCUGGCUACGGGUCCACAAGCGCAAGCCGCGUUGCUUGGCCUCAAGAAAUGGCCUCAGCAAGGCAGAAGAGGAGGAAAAGAGGAACUACCGCAGAUACGAGCGAGUCCGAAAGCUGGUUCGGCAAGAGCGGCUCAGCCAGGAGCAGUUGGAGCUGCUGCAGCCUUUCUGGGCCAUCAUCUUUCCGAACGGCAUGCUUACGCGGAAAGAAGCCUGGCUGGAGGAGUUGUGUGCCUGGCUGCGCGUCCACAAGCGCAAGCCGCGCUGGUUUGCAGCAAAGGACGGCCUCAGCGAGGCUGAAGCGGAGGAGAACAGGCAGUCCCGGGGGUUUUCCAGAGUUCAAAGAAAGGCUCAGGAAAAGCGGCUCAGCCAGCAGCAACUAGAGAUGCUGCGACCCUUCUGGGCCACCAUUCUCCCGGACGAUUCGCUGACCCGGCAAAAAGUCUGGCUGGAGGAGUUAUGUGCCUGGCUGAACCUUCACAAGCGCAAGCCGCGCUGGCUCGCAUCAACCGCGCAGCUCAACGAGACCGAGGAAGAGGAGAGCAGGCAACGCCGCAGGUACGACAGAGUGCAGAGAUUGGCUCAGCAAAAGAGUCUUUGCCAGUGGCAGUUGGACAUGCUGCAGCCUUUCUGGGCCACGCUCUUUCCUAAGGAUUCACUCACGCUUCCGCGACGCAAAACCUGGCUCGACGAGUUGUGCUCCUGGCUGCGGCUUCACGAGCGCAGGCCGCGAUUCUUUGCUACCAGGGAGGGGCUGAACGAGACGGAGGAGGAGGAGAAGAAGCAGUAUGGCCGGUGUUUCCGUGUGCGAAGGUUGGCUCGUCAGAAGCGGCUCAGCCACGAGCAGUUGGAGAUGCUGCAGCCGUAUUGGAGCCACAUUGGGACUGAGCGCAGAAGAGAAAGCGCGCGGCACAAGGGGGUGGGCGGAGACCAGGUCUGGGCCUACCACCCCAGCUGCACUGCCGGAACGCCCCCAGCCUCGCAGUGGAACGUGCCGCACGAUGGGCCCAUCGACCAGAACUUCGCCAUUUCCGCCAUCCGCGCGAAGAGAACCUCCUCAGAGAAGCCAGCCUCGGCUAGCCCAAAGAAGCCCCGCGCCGAGGUGAAGCGGGCGGAGAAGAGCGAGCGCAGCGAAAAGGUCAGUGCCAGGAAGGCGAGCGAGAAGAAGCAAGUCGUCGAGUCAUCCAGUGAAGAGGAAGAGGAGGAAGACGAGAAAGAAGAGGAAGAGGAGGACAAGAAGGAGGAAAAGGAAGACAAGGAGGAGAAGGAUGAUGAUGACGACGAGGACGACGAUGAGGAAGAGGAGGAGGAAGAAGAGGAAGAGGAGAAGACCAAGAAGUCAGAGCCGGCCAAGGCCAAGAGCAAGAAGGAGGAAAAGGACGACAGCGACGAGGACGAAGACGAGGAUGAAGAUGAAGAGGAGGACAAGCCCAAAGACAAGGCGAAGUCGGACGGCAAGAAACCCGAGGCGACGGACUCCGCAGGCAACUACUUUGUCACGGCCUACAACAAGCGCCGCGAGGAACGUGCCAAAGCGGAGGAGGAGAGGAAAAAGGCCCAGCGCAAGGUCUCCGACAAGAACGGCACUGCGGCAAAAAGCGACAAGAAGAAACUGGAGGAUGAGGCAGACGAAGAGGAGGUGCGGAUGCUCGAGGAGCUGCGGAAGCGUGCGGAGGAGCGGCGGAAGAAGAUGGAGGACUUGAAGAAAAAGGAGGAGCAGCUGAAGAAGCCCGAGAAGUCGGUGCCAAAAGACGAGAAGCCGGAAUCCAAGGCAAAGGAAAAGGAGCGCAAAGAGAGCGCCAGCCCAAAGAAGGACCGGGACCGGGAGAGGAGAGGCCGGCGGUCCGAGGACAAGGACCGGGACCGCAAGGACAAGGAACGGCGCGGCAGCCGGCGCAGGGACCGCUCGGAGGACAGAGAUCGGCACCGCUCCGAUCGCAAGGAUCGGGGCGGUAGCAAGGAUCGCCGCCGCGGCGAGGACCGGGACCGCGAGCGAGGGGACCGAGACCGCAGGGAUGGAGACCGAGACCGGGACGAGCGCAAGCGCAGCCGCGGGCGCCGGGACCGAGAGGAGAACGGGACGACCGCAAGGAAAGACGCGGCAGCCGGCGCAGGGACCGCUCGGAGGACCGGGACGACCGUAGAGGGGAGAAGCGCGGCGGCUCCCGGCGCCGGGACGGCCGCGACGGGCGCGAGGCGAAGGAUAAGGCGAGCGCCAGUGCAAAGAAGGACCGGGAGGAGCGCAGGGACCGAAAGAGCCGGCGCCGGGACCGAUCCGAGGAGAAGAAGGAGAAGCGCGAGAGCCCCAAGCGGGAGCGCUCCAGCCCGCGCCGGGACAAGUCCGAGGACCGCAAAGAGAAGCCAAGCCCCCGAAGGGAGCGCUCCUCUCCCCGCCGCGAGAAGUCCGAGGCGCGAGCGUGCGGAGAAAGAAAAGCAAACCCUGGAAGAGGAGAAGAGACGGAAGGAUGAGGAGUCGAGGCAAGAGGAGAGCCGAGAGAAGCGUCGAAGAGAAGAGGGAGAAGAGGAGCCUCCGGAGAAGAGAGAGAAGCUGAGCCCCGAAGAGGAGAAGCGGCGGAAGGAGGAGGAGAUGAGGCGCCGGGAGGAGGAACUGCAGAGGCGGCGCGAGGAGAAGCGGCGAAAAGAGGAGGAGGAGAAGGGCAAGUCGGGCGGCGACAGGAGUCGUCCUGAGCGCAAGGAUUCGCAGGACGGAAAGUCAGAUGAUAAGAAGGAGGAGGACACGCGUAAGCGACUGGAGGAAGAAGCGCAGACGCUUCGGGAGCAGCAGGCGAUGCUGAACGUGCUCCGGGUUCUUCAACGGCUGUCCAACGCCAACCCAGACACCUUCGAGAGUCUGAAAAAGGACCCGGCCGAAGUGCUGAGGACGGAUUUGCCGCAGACCGGCGGGCAGCAGACGGUUCUGAAGGCUGAGGCUGACCGCGUUUUGGAGUACGCCAAGCUUUACGUCAACGAGGUGUCUGGCAAGGCCUGA